UUAACAUCGAAAGUACCCGAGAGACAAAUCCAGUUUCAGGCCAACACGAUGUAGUGCUUAGUCCAGGAGGCCACGGACGAUACGAGCGCUGACGCUCCGAAUGCCGACGCGCUGACGGUCAAGAUGCUGACGGUCAACUUCGGCGUGAUACACACGACCUCCGUGGCCUUUCACCACAUCGUCAACUACCUCACCUCGUAUCUAGAGUACUCGCAACCUCUGCUUGCAGAUGUCGAGGCGGUCGUCCGGCAGGAAGGCUGGUCAAAGGCGGCGCUUAACAAGAUGCGAAAGGUCGAUAGCUUCGAACAACUUCGGCGCUCUCUUCAAUGCAAGGCUAUGAAGGACUUCGUAGCUCUGAUGGGACGCUCUUCCCCAACGGGGCGCUCAUCGCUGCAUGCAUGCGCGCAACUUACACUAUGAGUACGCGAACCACGAGGACUCAGACAGCUUCCGCCCGUUCCGUUUUGCUAAG